UCCAAGACCAAGACAAGACUCCCAUCCAUUCCGGUAGUCCGCAUUGCUCUAUUUAUUUGUUUCAUACUUCACUUGAUCUAAUAAACAAAAGAGACAAUAAGAAUUGCAAUUAAAUUAACAACACUCUUUGAAGAAGAAGAAAAUGGGGUGGGCUUUAGCACUUCACGGCGGCGGUGGCGGAAUUCCUCUCGAUUAUCCGCCGGAGCAACUGCAGCCACGAGUGGACAGCCUCCGCCACUGCCUUCAGAUCGGCAUUGAAGCUCUCAAAGAUGGAAUGCCUGCCUUGGACCUUGUUGAACUUGUGGUCCGUGAGCUGGAGAACAAUCCACAUUUUAAUGCCGGUAAAGGCUCUGUUUUAAAUUGCAAUGGCGAUGAUGAAAUGGAAGCUAGUAUUAUGGAUGGAAACACAAAGAAUUGUGGAGCUGUUUCUGGCCUCAAAACUGUUGUUAAUGCUAUAUCAUUGGCACGUUUGGUCAUGGAAAAAACUCCUCAUAUAUACCUUGCAUUUGAUGGAGCAGAAGCCUUUGCAAGAGAACAAGGUGUUGAGACUGUAGACUCGAGUUAUUUCGUUAAUGCUCAAAAUAUUGAACGGCUAAAGCAAGCAAAAGAAGCCAAUAGAACGCAGGUACAUUAUACACAGCUUGAUUAUACACAACCAACGCCGAAAGAUCUCAAGAGUGAGAAAUGGAUUCCAAACGGAGACAGCAAAGGGACAGUUGGAUGUGUGGCUGUUGACAAACAGGGAAAUUUAGCUUCUGCUACUUCUACGGGUGGACUUGUCAAUAAGAUGGUGGGAAGGAUUGGGGACACCCCCAUCAUAGGUGCAGGAACUUAUGCCAACCAUCUCUGUGCAGUCUCUGCCACCGGAACAGGUGAGGCCAUAAUCCGUGGCACAGUGGCAAGGGACGUGGCAGCUCUCAUGGAGUUCAAAGGCCUUUCUCUCAACGAUGCUGCAGAUUAUGCUGUGGAGAGCUUUCCAAAAAACACUGCUGGCCUUGUUGCUGUAUCCGCCACAGGAGAAGUUGCAAUGCCUUUCAAUACAUUGGGAAUGUUCCGAGCUUGUGCUACUGAAGAUGGCUAUUCAGAGGUUGCAAUAUGGCCUUCCACGAUGAAUUGAAUGAAGUUCAUAGUCAG